GUGUGACAUGUAAUCGUGAAUGAUCAGCAGUCAAACGCGCGGUCUCGCUUUCAUGACUCUACUUUCUACCACCACCACGCUGUGAAGCGAUCGAAGGGCUGGCUCUUCAAGGCUGCAGACACGGUACACAAUAGACUGGUUGUCUUGCUCAAGAUGCUGCCCGACCGCAGCGGAAGGAAUGCGUCAGUGGCCACUGCUCACACACAGCCCGAUGUGGACUCAAAUCGGACAAGAAGCUCAAUGUCUUCCCAUGCCACUACGUCCAUGUCCACAGCACGCAGCGCCACCCAUUUUCAAGGAGGCUUCUCUUGCGAUCUAUGCUAUAGACGCAAAGUCAAGUGUGACCGCGGUAAUCCCUGCGGGUAUUGCACACAGAGAAAGAUGGAAUGCGUUCCUUCGGUCAUCGAAACUUCCGACAGACCUCGAAAACGUCGUUUUCCAGAAGCCGAGCUGCUGCUCAGAAUCAAGCGCUACGAAGCUGCUUUGCACGCCUACGGCGCCGAUGUGGAUGCCAUCCGCGACGGUACGGCAACGCCUGGAGCUAGCGAUGGUACUAGCGCAGAGCAUGUUCCGGGCGAGGCGCACAACCUUUCCCUGACCGAGGCCCCCUCCGAGUCCGGCGAAUAUGCAGAGACUGGUCCAGAGCAAGAAUUUGAUCAAAUUCAAGGCUUGUUAGAGAUUGAUGAAUCUGGUCGUCGCAGACCUCAAGCUUUGCUUCGUCACUUGGAUGGCAUCUUCACCAAUGAUUCUUCCCAUCUAUUCUUUGGCAAAAAGUGCGAAGCUUGUCAAGCUCCUAAGCCAGUCUUUGGCGAUUCACAUCAUCCGGACCCUUUCGCGAUGCUCAAGCUGUGGCAGGUAUACCUAGACAAUGUACAUCCAAUCGUCAAGCUCGUGCACGCACCCUCGGUUCAACGCAAAAUGGCCGAUCUCGGCUCGAACAUGGGCGACGCCCCUGCGUCUCAUCAAGCGCUCUUUUUCGCAAUCUACUCGUGCGCGAUCAACUCACUGAGGCCAUCAGAGUGCCAAGAGCUACUGGGCUACGACCGAGACUCGCUUUUGGAGCGAUGUCAACAAGCAGCAGUCCUCUGGUUGAGCAAGGCAGAAUUGUGGCGUACGAGCGAUCUCACCGUGCUACAAGCGCUCAUCAUUCACCUGACGAAUAUCUCUGCAUCCACUGAUCCGCGCUCAUAUCUAUGCUUCGUAGGCAUGGCUGUCCGACUCGCCCAGCGCCUGCGAAUUCAUCGACCAAUAUCUAUCAAGCCACCUCAAGCACGCCUAACAACCACCUUCAAGGUGCAGCCAGAAACCAUCGUGGAAGUUGAGUUGUCAAAACGCCUGUGGUACGAGCUCAGCUCAUUGGAUCUCAGAGCGUCAGAGAAGAGUAGCUUUCCCCUGGCUCAAGGCAUGGGAACGGGUGAGCUUUGGGGCCAAGCCUACCUUGAUCUUCCGGCUCCUCUGAGCGAUGCGGAUCUCGCUGCUGCUUCAAAUCUCCCGACCGCGAACAGCAUUGCGACACCAUCGUCAGAGAUGCUGUUCUGUAUGAUCCGCGCCGAAUGGGUUCGUCUGCGAGCCGACGUUCGGGAACGUCAAGGGCCCAGAUCUGGCUACACGGAAUUCAGCUCGGCACGUAUACCCUUCGUGACCAAAUUGAAGAUCAUUGCCGAUUGGACGGAAAAGGUGCGGGACAGAUGGCUCAGACACUGUAAUGAAGCGAUUCCCCAGCACGCCUUCGCCACGCUUUGGACAGGCCACAUCGUCUGUCGGAUGAAGAUGACGAGCUACCUGUGCGAGGAAAUGGCCCUUGAGCGCAAAUUCGUCGAGACGCGCGACCCAAAUGCAAAGGAUCAAGUGGCCCGAGUUCGGGAGGAGCUGACCGCAAUCUGCUGCGACGGUCUGGACCAAGCAAACACCCUGCGCAACGCAAAACGCUUCGAUGGGUUCUCAUGGUGGACCCUCUCUCACAUGCCUUUUGUCCUCCUUGUGCAUCUCAUCCGACUUCUUCGCGUGAUUUUAGUCGGACCGCUCGCCGAUCGUGGCUGGAUAUGCGUUUCUGAGAACUCCAGUGCCUUUAAGCGGAUCGUACCCGCUACGAGCACCUUCAUUCGCGCCAGACGCUGGGGUCAGCUCUUCGACCCACUUAUACUUGGCGCUUGGAAGGCGAGACGAGCGGUAUUGGGAAUGCAACCUCACGAGCCUGAUCCGGAAUUCAUCAAGGAGAUCUGUCGAAGGUCGGAUAUCAUCAUGUACGACCGCAGCGCACAAUACGCCAGGGCUGCGACAGACAGCACGCAGCUUGCUGAUAUCACGGACGCACCCGGAGGAUUACCUUCGGGACAGACGCCCAACGUAGGCAUGUCGUCAAGUCAAGAACCCGAUCAGGAUCAGGUGGACUGGCUCGUCUCUCUGCUGGGCGAUGCCGAUCACGACUUCGACUGGCAAGGCUGGCUCAAUCAGCCCGCGGAAAACUCUUUCGAUAUGACGAAGCUGCAACCAACGCUUUGA